AUGGCGACCAUGAUACAAGCAGAGAGCGUAUCCACAACGCAGCUCAAAGAGGUCGGCACUGUACAGGUCCAGGAGAUACCGAGCGGCGACAAGCCAGCCUUGUUGCUGCUGCACGGCGAAGGGGAGGAGGACAUCGUCAGUAUCUUUGCGGACGUGCUGGGACAGCCAUGGGAGACGACGACAUCGCUUGAACAUGUAAAGGCAGGGUCUCAAGGAACAAUCUAUGGCAUGCGCAGUAGCUUGGCCGUGUCGCAGGCCGGCAGCUGGGAUCGGUCACGCAUCCUCAUAAACACCCAUUGCGUGGACGGACCGCACCCGCGCGACGACAGCAUCACCGAGAGCUGCGAUUUCGAGUACCUGUACACUGUGUCGACCUUUUUUCGAAGGGACGUUGCGCGCUUCCUGUCACUUAUAUUGGGUCAGAUCAGUCCUCAUAGAGACUUGACCAAGAAAGCGCGCACCACACUGAUUUCCACCACCUUCCCAGAUGUCCACGCAGCCCUUCCAAACCUUGAUAUACUGUCAGUGGGCGCAGACGCGAUAGAGAUAAGAGUAGACCUUCUGGAGGAGCCUUUGCCCGAUGGGAGCGUCAGCAAAGUACCCAGCCUCAAGUACGUAGGGGAACAGCUAAUGCUCCUGCGCCAGCGGACAGAGCUACCAAUCAUCUAUACAACAAGAUGCACCAAGGAGAACGGUCGCUUUCCCAUGGAGGACCCUAACCUCUUCUUCAAAUACCUCACCCGUGCCAUCCAGUGGGGCUGCGAAUAUAUUGACGUCGAGCUCUGGCUUCCCGAAGAUAUCCGAAGGAAAUUGUCCGAGAGAAAAGGAUGCAGCAAAAUAAUCUCCGCUUUCCAUGACUUCUCGGGCAAUUUCAAGUGGCUCGCACCAGAGACACAGACCCUCUUCGAACGGGGAGCGGUGUACGGAGACAUUGUAAAAAUGUACGUGCUGGUAAAUUCGAUGCAAGAAAACAUGGAGCUUGAGUACUUCCGGACAACGAUCCAGACGAAGUAUCCGCACCCACCGUUUUCUGGUCUGAACAUGGGCCCCACAGGACAACUUACCAGGACCAUGAAUAAGAUUUUCACGCCGAUAACGCACCCACUUUUACCCAUGAUCGCGGCUCCUGGACAAUUAAGUGCUGCCCAGAUCAACUCGGCUCUUCACAGCAUGGGUCAAAUGCCAAAGCUAGACAUCUAUGGUAUCGGUAGCUUCAGGUCGACGUCGCAGGCCAUGUUCUUCGAGAAGUGCUUCAACGAAUUGAGCUUGCCACACCAAUUCAUGUUCGCGGAGCGUGCACCCAAAGCCUCGAUCGAGUAUAUCCUGCGGCGACCGAAGUUUGGAGGAGCGUACGUCAGCCCUCCCCUGGUAGCAGCAUCUGCACCGUAUCUUCCGGCCUUGUCGAAUGCUGCGCGCGCAAUUGGGCAGGUCGAUACCGUGUUGGUGCGGCAGGAGAGCGGUCAGCAAGUGUUCAUUGGCGACAAUGCGACGUGGAAGGGCAUUCGAGCGACACUUAGCCGUGACUUUGUGCCGUCGGCGUACAGCGGACGAGCAGCGUUGCUGUUGGCAAGCUCCGAGGCGGACGCGUCGGCUUCGAUAUUCGCGUUGAAGAGCCUGGGGAUUGGCCCGGUCUAUACGAUUGGCUUCAGGGCAAAGGGUUCUCUUUCUACGGAGGUGGAGCCGGUGCGGUCUGUCGAGGACAUGAAGCGACUGGAGCAGCCGUUUGUGAUUAUUUCAGCGCUGCCGGCGGAGAAGUCGCUGGUGGUGGUGCCACUGUUGAAGCACUACCGGGUGAACGGUAAGCAGGGCAGCGGCACAGGCGGGCACGGCAUGAAGCUGUCGGGCAAGGUGUUUGUGGACCUAGCCAGUGGACCUCGCAAGGUCGACCCACUGGAUAUAGCGACGUCAGCGGGCUGGACAGCGUACGGGAGCGCGGACGUGUCGGCAUGGACCACGGUGGAAAUGAUACGGCUGCUGGUGGGACAGAAUAUACCUUACGACUUCGUUCAGCUAGCGUCUGGCGUGGGCAGGGGCUUGUUUUAA